CCAAGCUCGCCGCAGGCUACAGAAAUCCCGCCGGCCGUCCAGGCGAUCUCAAACUUGCGGUGCCCCUCGCCCCCGCCGAUUCUCACUAAUUCGCGGAGCACGUCUUGCUCGACGCCGCGGCUCCUGUUGGUGUCUCCAGGGGCGCCUGAAAGCUUCUCUGACUCACACUUGUCGGCCGCAGAGAUCACCCAUGGAUCACCCGCCGUGUUUUCCGAACGGGCCACCGGCUCGCCUGCGCUCGUGGUUCCCGGUGUGGGGUCCAGCCUGGGUGCCGAUGUUACAACGGCCAACAUCAGGGAUUCUGCUCUCGACGUCAAGCUCGACUACACGCAGAACCCGCCCAGCCAGAGCAUCCACCACAAGUCUCCGUCUGUCCACGCCCAUUUCUUUGUUGACGAAACGCAAAAACCACUGAAAUCCGGCAACAGGUCACGCAGCGGAUCUGCGUCCGCCUCUGGCUCUGAAUAUCUGGCUGGUCCGAUGAAAAGAGAUGAGAGACUCCAGCUGCCAUCUGCUGAGCAAAACACCAACAUCGAUCCUCGCUUGCCCCAGGACGAUAACAAGCUCCACAUCUUGUUCGGAGUCUGUGGGGCUAUUUCCACCAUGAAAAUCAAACUCAUCAUCAACAAGCUAUAUGAGAUCUACUCCCUGGAUAAGAUUGCGAUCCAGCUUAUAUUGACUAAAGCGUCAGAGAACUUCAUCUCGAGCGAAACCUUGCAACACUUGGAAUCCAACAAGAAGGUGCGUAUUUGGAGAGACAGUGAUGAGUGGACAACGUGGAGCAGUAGGUCCGAUCCUGUUUUGCACAUUGAGUUGCGUCGCUGGGCGGACAUGCUUGUCGUGUGUCCUCUAACUGCCAACACUCUUUCAAAGAUUUCUUUGGGUCUUUGCGAUAAUCUCUUGACGAGCGUAAUCCGUGCCUGGAACUCUGCCUACCCCAUUCUCCUUGCGCCUGCCAUGGUGAGCAACGCUUAUAAUGCAGCUACGACGAAGCGUCAGUUGAGACUCAUAUCUGAAGAAAUGCCAUGGAUGGAGGUUUUGAAGCCCGUUGAGAAGGUUGUUGGCUCGUAUGGUGAUAUCGGCAUGGGAGGCAUGAUGGAUUGGAAUGAAAUCGUGAAUAAGAUUGUCAUGAAGAACGGAGGAUAUCCGGAAGAAGAUGAAGAGGAAGAUUGCAAAUCGAAUGAUAACGAUCAUGCCAUCAUCGAUGAUAACAACAAUGACGACGAUGAUGACGACGAUGAUGACGAUGAUGAUGACGAUGAUGACGAUGACGAUGACGAUGACGAUGACGAUGACGAUGAC